UUUUGUAUCUAGGAGUUUGGUUGUUUUCGCGUAGAUACUCCGGGCGGCAGGUUGAAGAGGCUCAUCUCGGCAGCGCGGGCGGUGUCCUGCCGUUGAUUGAAUUGCCACCCCUGCCUGUUGAGAGGGGGGAGGGACUCGUGAUCGAUAAACCUGAAGAGUUUCCCCGAGGUUUACCCAGCCGGAAGGGCGCGCUUGAUUCUUUGCGGCCCGGGAUUCCGAAAAGCGGGCUGUGGGUUGGGAGAGAGUUGAUCAGUUGGUGGAGGGGGAAAAAGUGUUGGUGGGGUUUUGCGCGGGUUUAAAGGAUAAUAUCAUUUUGUGAUUCACAUGAGAUGUGUUGUUGUUGAAGAGGGGUUUCGAACGGGGCAGUCUUUUUCAUGAGAGAGAACAGUGCUGGGUCUUUUGCGGCUCUACGAGAAAGCCUUGCUGUAAGGUACGGGAAACAAAAACUGGGGUUUGCUGCUGCUGCCGGGGGUAGGACCGUUUCGACCGUCUUUCUGGAAUCACUGGGCGAAUGCCAAAAGUCCGGAUCUUUCUUUGCUUUCCUCCGACGCUUGAGGCUGGGCGGGGGGUUGUGAUUGGGUCACGGAUAUGUGUGUGAUCGUGGGAAAGGGUCCCCCUCCCUCUCCGCUUCCACGGGAUCUGCAGGUCACUUUUGUGAGGAAACACAAUCACAAUGUUACCCCCAUGCCCCAUAUCUCCUCCAUCUUGUUGUUGCUUGAGCUAACACGCAAGAAAACUGAUAUUACCCCGCGGUGGAGAAGCAGACAAACUGGGGUCCUUGACCCGGUCUUACAGCGGUAUGCGUGCCAUGAUGCAAGUGCGCAACGCGGCUAGGUACAAACCCGCCCAUCUCAGCCUAUGCCUAGCCUUUUUCUCGGUGUCGACGGUCCGAAACACGGGAGAAUGGGGGGGACAAUGGGAGGAGUAACGGCCAUGAAACCCAUGGCAGCAUAUCAGAGGUUUGUGUAUAUAUAACACAUGUCCUCCCCCCAAAUCUGUGUUGGCUGCUUGAGAGAUUCUGUCUUCAACCUACACCUCCCCCAGAAACAAAAGAGUUAGCUGCCCAUCAUGUCUCUUCCCAGUGAUUUCCUGUGGGGUUUCGCUACCGCUGCGUACCAGAUCGAGGGUUCCGCUGAUGUCGAUGGCCGUGGCCCCUCCAUUUGGGACACCUUCUGUGCCAUCCCCGGCAAGAUCGCUGAUGGCAGCUCCGGUGCCGUCGCUUGUGACUCGUACAAGCGCACCAAGGAGGACAUUGACCUCCUGAAGUCGUUGGGCGCCAAGGCCUACCGCUUCUCCAUUUCCUGGUCCCGCGUCAUCCCCCUCGGUGGCCGCAACGACCCCGUCAACCAGAAGGGUCUUGACCACUACGUCAAGUUCGUCGACGACCUCCUCGAGGCCGGCAUCACCCCAUUCAUCACCCUCUUCCACUGGGAUCUCCCCGACGCCCUCGACAAGCGCUACGGCGGCUUCCUCAACAAGGAGGAGUUCACCGCCGACUUUGAGAACUACGCCCGCGUCCUCUUCAAGGCCAUCCCCAAGUGCAAGCACUGGAUCACCUUCAACGAGCCCUGGUGCACCUCCAUCCUCGGCUACAACUCUGGCUACUUCGCCCCCGGCCACACCUCUGACCGCACCCGCUCCGCCGUCGGCGACAGCGCCCGCGAGUGCUGGAUCGUCGGCCACAACAUCCUCAUCGCCCACGGCAAGGCCGUCAAGGUCUACCGCGAGGAGUUCAAGCCCGUCAACGGCGGCGAGAUCGGCAUCACGCUGAACGGCGACGCCGUCCUCCCCUGGGACCCCGAGGACCCCGCCGACGUCGAGGCCUGCGACCGCAAGAUCGAGUUCGCCAUCUCGUGGUUUGCCGACCCCAUCUACUUUGGCAAGUACCCCGACUCGAUGCUCAAGCAGCUCGGCGACCGCCUCCCCACUUUCACUCCUGAGGAGGUUGCGCUCGUCAAGGGCUCCAACGACUUUUAUGGCAUGAACCACUACACGGCCAACUACAUCAAGCACAAGACCGGCACUCCUCCCGACGACGACUUCCUCGGCAACCUCGAGACGCUCUUCUACUCCAAGAGCGGCGAGUGCAUCGGUCCCGAGACGCAGUCCUUCUGGCUCCGCCCCCACGCCCAGGGUUUCCGGGACUUGCUCAACUGGCUGAGCAAGAGGUACGGCUACCCCAAGAUCUACGUCACCGAGAACGGCACCUCGCUCAAGGGCGAGAACGACAUGAGCCUGGAGCAGAUUGUCGAGGACGACUUUAGAGUCAAGUACUUUGACGACUAUGUCCACGCCAUGGCCAAGGCCUUCUCCGAGGAUGGCGUCAACGUCCGGGGUUACCUGGCCUGGUCGCUGAUGGACAACUUUGAGUGGGCUGAGGGGUACGAGACGAGGUUUGGUGUGACGUAUGUCGACUAUGAGAAUGAUCAGAAGAGAUACCCCAAGAAGAGCGCCAAGGCGAUGAAGCCGCUGUUUGAGAGCUUGAUUAAGAAGGAGUAA